AUGCGUGAGAUUGUUCACCUCCAGACCGGUCAGUGCGGUAACCAAAUUGGUGCUGCUUUCUGGCAAAUCAUCUCUGCUGAGCACGGUCUCGAUGGCUCUGGUGUCUACAAUGGCUCCUCCGACCUCCAGUUGGAGCGUAUGAACGUCUACUUCAACGAGGCCUCCGGCAACAAAUACGUCCCCCGUGCCGUCCUCGUCGAUUUGGAGCCCGGUACCAUGGACGCCGUCCGCGCUGGUCCCUUUGGUCAGCUCUUCCGUCCCGACAACUUUGUUUUCGGUCAGUCCGGUGCUGGUAACAACUGGGCCAAGGGUCACUACACUGAGGGUGCCGAGCUCGUCGACCAAGUCAUCGAUGUCGUCCGUCGUGAGGCUGAGGCUUGUGACUGCCUCCAGGGUUUCCAGAUCACUCACUCCCUCGGUGGUGGUACUGGUGCAGGUAUGGGUACACUCCUUAUCUCCAAGAUCCGCGAGGAGUUCCCCGACCGUAUGAUGGCCACCUUCUCCGUCGUCCCCUCUCCCAAGGUGUCCGACACCGUUGUUGAGCCUUACAACGCUACCCUUUCCGUUCACCAGCUCGUUGAGCACUCCGACGAGACCUUCUGUAUCGACAACGAGGCUCUCUACGACAUCUGCACCCGUACUCUCAAGCUUUCCUCCCCCUCCUACGGUGACUUGAACCACCUCGUUUCCACCGUCAUGUCCGGUGUCACCACCUCCUUGCGUUUCCCCGGUCAGCUCAACUCUGAUCUCCGCAAGUUGGCCGUCAACAUGGUUCCCUUCCCUCGUCUCCACUUCUUCAUGGUCGGCUUUGCUCCUUUGACCAGCCGUGGAUCUUACUCCUUCCGUGCCGUCACUGUUCCUGAGUUGACUCAGCAGAUGUACGACCCUAAGAACAUGAUGGCUGCUUCUGACUUCCGUAACGGUCGUUACCUCACCUGCUCUGCUCUCUUCCGUGGUAAGGUUUCCAUGAAGGAGGUCGAGGACCAGAUGCGCAACGUCCAGAACAAGAACAGCAGCUACUUCGUUGAGUGGAUCCCCAACAACGUCCAGACCGCCCUCUGCUCUGUUCCUCCCCGUGGUCUCAAGAUGGCUGCCACUUUCGUUGGUAACUCCACUGCUAUCCAGGAGCUCUUCAAGCGUGUAGGUGACCAGUUCACUGCCAUGUUCCGUCGUAAGGCUUUCUUGCAUUGGUACACUGGCGAGGGUAUGGACGAGAUGGAGUUCACCGAAGCCGAGAGCAACAUGAACGACUUGGUCUCCGAGUACCAGCAGUACCAGGAUGCCUCCGUCUCCGAGGGUGAAGAGGACUAUGCCGAGGAGGAGCCCCUUGAGGCUGAGGAGUAA